CAAGAAAGGACUGGGCGCAGUCGCGAAUCGGGGAACGACGAGAUCUUUACCUCUCUUUGAGACGGAGAUCGGAGGCGGCUCCUUGGCCACCACGCGCGCUCGUUUGACCGCACGGCGCAGGGAUUGGAAGUACCCGGAUCCGUCUUGCGUCGCACCGAUCUCACGGCGCAGGGACUGGCAUGAGAUAGACGUAUAUUUGGACGUCGACGGCGCCGGUUAUGAAGACGAAAGACAUGGCCCUUUUAGCUGCUACGGAUAUACUGAUUGGAUGGACGCAGGCCCACACGGAAUAAUUGGACGCAGGCGUACUAUGAGUGGUAUGAAGGGAUUUGCCCAAAACGGCCACGGUAAUGCUGGCGUGGCAAAGGUAAAGGAUGCUUACUGGAGACGGCGUAGCAAAAAAAAGUACCACGAGAGCUUUAUCCUAGACAAAAGUACACCCAUAUCAGAAAAGUGAUAGAUUUGUGCUGCUGGUUUUCGAUCUUUGUGAUGCUGAUCAGGAAGGAAGGGCAUUUGGUUUUUUUGGGCUUUUGGGCUUCGGUUCGAAUCAGAUUAUCAAAAUGAAAUCAGAUUAUUACAAUCAGGUUAGUUGUACAAUCAAGUUACUGAAUUCAGAAUAUCACUGAAAUCAGGAGUCUGGGUUUCUAGGGUUUGGGGCUUCUGGUCGUCGGCCGGGGCAGCCGCCGCCGGCCGGCCGGCGGGUUUAGGGUUUAGGGUUCUCUCUUCUCGUUGUUGCGCCAAUGCCCCCCCGCGCCUUGCCCGCCCUUCUGCCUGUCGGCCAGCUCCUUGGUCGGCUGGGCGCGUCACUGAUUCCGGCGGACCGGCGUUGGGGCCGCCCGGCGUUCGUUUAGGUUGAUGUAGACACUUCGUUGCCUAAGUUGUUUCGCCUCCAGUUGCGUCAACUUGCUUCAACAAACCUGAUGUCACAAAAAAUCUGAUUUCAGUAACCUGAUUGCAUUUCGUAAUCUGAUUCCACAAUUUACACAAUCUGAUACGACCAGCGAGAGCUCUCAACUGAGCCUCCCUCCACUGCUAAAACGGGUGGUGUUGCGUCGCUCGAGAUGCCUGGCUCUCAAUGCAAUCCAGUGCAGACAAUUAACCUUCAGGAAUUCAAUGAUAGGACGAGGGCAGCACUUCAAGCUCGCCUGACAAUUAGUUUUUGUCUAAGAAGCUCGCGCUACAUAGUUUUUUUGCGGGACGAUUCGCUUCUCCCCCGAGUGAGACUGAGAGAAACUCGUACUCUGAGCUUCAGCCCUUUCAGCUGGUCCGGGCUCCUGGUGCUGCAAUUACUGUAAGUAGCAAAGGAGCUAAAAAAAUAAGCCUGGCUGCGCUGGCGGCUAACCGUACGCGCAUCAUCGUCAGAAGUGCUGUGCUCGUAAAGUGAAAAACUUGUGCAGCCGGGCGUACCAUCUUCAAUAAAUGAAAUCAAAGUAAAUGUUGAAGAAUGAAUGAUGUAACGCUGGCUACCAGCAUGACACAGGUUCCCAAACGGAUUGUCGUGGUAUGCCCGUCCCACAUGAAGGCGCAGCCCGACGACCGCUCGACCGACGAAUUUAGUUUUUUUUUUGGUUUGGGUGUGCUUUGCUGUAAGAUAAACUUCGCGCUAGACAAAGGGUACUGCAGCCUUGUACGGACUGGAAAGGUGUGGUACAAUGUCCGGCACUGGCUCUACAAAGUAUAUGGUAAUAUUUAUCUGUUGAGAAGAAGAACCAAAGAGGGUUACCGCCGUAUGUUAUGCGGCUGCUUCAGCGCCCCGGCCCCGUGCGUGUUAUUACCGCACCUUCAGAAGGAGCGCAGAAAUGUGCCACGGGUUAGGCCUCCAGUCGCGUGCUAUGCUGCCGUGUUGUGGUGAUGUUAUGUAAUAUUUGGCCAGCUUGGAUGCUGGCUCGUCCCCGUCCAGUCGAUCUGGCCCGAUUACCACGGUUUUUUCGGCAGCUAUUGAUUAUUGGUAUGAAGACAGAUAAAAGAGCAAAACAUAAAAGCUGAUAAAGCUUAAGCGGAGGGAACAUCUUCUAGCUUUUACUUGUUUCCAGUCCGGACGCAUUUUUUCCCGACUGAUACCCUCCGUCCGCGCAGCGGACGCACCAAAAGUUUCGACAGACGUGGAGGGGCUCUUUGGAAUCGAGAAGGAGAUUUUGCAGUAUGAGACGUCGGCGCAAUGCCCCACUGAAUGGACGUCGCCGCUGCUACGAUGGCUGGUGCGAUGGGGGACAUGCUGUUGGGCGGAGACGCUGGGCCGGACACGAAGUGGCAGUUCACGCGUACAGAAACGAACAGUGCACUUUUCCAACCUGCGAAUGUGAAUGGUCCUCCUGGACUAGCUGGACCACCGGUUGCGGCGUCGCCGUUUCAAAGCGCUCGAAGUACAAAAAAAUCGCGAAAGUCCCAAGGAGCGCAGGAAAUAGUCAUGCUUUUGCUUGCCCAGCAAACCUGGCCCCAAGUCCUGACAACAAAAAUGCGGAUAUAUUAUCCGCCUCAACAACGGUUGUCAUGACUAGAAACGACUUUUCGACCUGUGGAAGGUGUGUCGACCAUGACAUCUGUGCGGCAAAAACCCACCUGAGGGACAAUGCUGACGAGCUGGUGUGCUAUACGAAUGACUGCACUGGUCCUGUGCCAGUUGGAUACACACACGUAGCAGCUUCACAUCAAGCGCUCUGCUGUGAGGAUAAUCCCAGAUGCAGCACUUUUUCUUGCGGUUACAAAACGCAUCACAAAAAUGGUGCCGACUGGAACUGGAAUUUAAGGUGUUUGAAAGAUGGCUGCAAGGACAGCGGUGAGCAGAGCCACUGCUGCGAGCAGAAUCAUGGACGUUGCAACGAGGUAGUUUGCUAUAAUAUCUGGGACGGAUGGUUGCAGAAGUCGAGCGCAAGUAGCAUAGUUUGCGUGGGUCAGCCGUGUGGUAAAUCUGCUUCGUCUCUCGCAGAGCGUGCCAACUGCUGCGUGGAAGGCUGCGCAAAUCCGGCAGCAGCAGAUACGCGCGGGUUUCAAGCUCCACAGGGAUGGCUUAUAAUCCGCGAAGACGCGGCGGUCGCUUACCCGCCUUACCCGGACCCGAGCCGUAGGCGGCGUAGCAACUGGGCGACGGUAAGCACCACUAGACUCCAGUGCGUUGACUCGACGCACGUGCAGACUGGUUCGUUCAGGAGUGUGAGGUGCAUUGCCUCGAAAGAGCCGCUGCAAAUAGAUGGCGGAAGUUGCAGGGAAAGAUGCGUCCCGAAGACCGGGUUUGAUGUAAGCUACGGCGCUGGCAAAAUCUGUGGCAAGGAUUUUGUUAAGGACAUAGACGACCAUGAAAAAACUUGCGCGACGCAUGAGUGUGGAUCGUUCGAUUGGAAUACGUGCUGUACUCAGCGGUGCUUGAACGAUCCGGCCGACCACUACGGAUUUGACGCCAAGGGUCACUGGGCGCGCCUUCGCGAGCGUCCCACGUCGAGCGCAGGGCCGGGGUCCGGGGCGUACCCAGGGGAGAAUUGGAAGACCAAUCUAGCACAUCUGUCCUGCGCCGGAAGUACGCACUAUCCGAAAGCGACUCCAAAGUACAAGUGUGCCCAACCAGGAGGGACACUGCAGUUGGACCUCCAAGACUGCCGGGAGAAAUGCAGUGUGCAUCAAAACAACUUGGCGCUGUGCACGAGCAACAACGCGCACAUGACGUCGGCGCACUUCGCGGUCAAAACGGGGGCCAACGACUACUGCAGCGAUCACAGGUGCGACCGCGCGAGUGACGCCAAUACGUGCUGUCGGAAAAAAUGCACGCACCCGGAUGUGCAGUGUCCUUCGGGAUUUAGAAAAAACACGAGCAAUUUCUGCGCUACCGCCCCGAACUCGUGCAAGACCCUGGCGGACAACGACAAUGAUCCCAACUUCAGAAGUUGCUGCAUUCGUGUGUGCACCAGCACUUUCUGCCGUGUUUCGUUCGCGGGCUCUUUUUUGAAAUCCGGGCCGCCCGAGUGCUCGGACUACAACUGCGGUGGCAAGGAAGAGGAAACUUGUUGUGUGCAACCCUGCUCGAAGCCAAACGUCGGGAACAAUCAGGUGGGUGACGGCUUCGAGCUGAAAAGUAGUGGCAACAAUGAUUGGCGUGAUCUCCUGAAAAACCAGCAAAACUGCGACAAAACCAGCUGUGGCAUUGCGGUACCAGGACAGAGCGGAACAUCGUGGACGACCGGUAAACUGAAAUGCAGCUCUACGCACGCAGGUACGCCGAGGUACCGAUGCCCGUCCGCGAAAUCGGUCCCAAAUCCUCUGUCUGUCUUGGCCUUGGACGCCGGGAGCUGCAGGGAGAAGUGUCGCUCAGACGACAAAUGCCCAAGUCAUUACCAAGUCCGGCCGGCAUCGGACAACUAUCAAAUGCAAAAGUGUCUGGGUCUGGAAGAGUGUGGACUUGUCAUGCAGGUUUUCCAUGACCCAUGAGGCCUGGUAUGUAGGGCAAAGCAUGACAGACUCUGCGAGGUCUCUGCCAUGCCUAUUCUGCAUGAGAAACUCCGUUCCAAUUUGGUCAAAAGUGGACAGCUUUUGGCACUCAUGCAACACAGGUUUUUGCAUGCUUCAGAUUUACCAUGACAAGUUGCAAUCUCUCAGACCCAGACAUAUUUGCAAUCCAUAACAACGCGCUCUGCGCAACAAACCGGUGCGGAACUAGCGAUCGACCCGCGUGCUGCCGAAUGAUGUUAUCAAAUGUAAAAAUGUCUUGGUCUGGUUGAAGAAUGCAACUUGUGAUGCUGCGUUUGGAUUCCAAAAAAAUCUGUAUUGCAUGAGUACCAAAGGGAAUGCAAUUUGUGCUACGCUGAGAAGGUAUUUGUCAUGCGGAAUAGGCAUCGAGAAGCCCUCAAAAAAUCUGUAUUGCUAGGGUAUGGAUCACAGACAUCAUGGCUCAUGCAAAACGUGCCUGGCCCGCGAAUGACUCCAGGGCAGCCGGAUGACUGUGGCCUGGUUAUAAAGGGCUUCGUCGAUCGAUUGUGCCACUAGGGCCUUGAGUUCCGGCUACUCCGGAUCGCAAUCGAUGGAGGGCGGGACCUGCGCCGGCGACAGGCGCUAUCCAACCAACCAACCAAGUGUCAGAAUCUUCCAGACCCAGACAUUUUUACAGUUGAUAGAUGUGCUCAGAAGGCAAUGUAGUCGACUUCUGUGCCUCGUCAGGCGAUUACUUGGAGCGUAAGAAAACCCUUAGUGGGGAGGUGUGCGCUAAGUAUGAGUGCGACACGCAGAGUGACAAGGAGCUAUGCUGCCGGCAGCAAUGCAGGGCGUUCGACUCCCAUUUGUCAGGUGUGAACUGCGGGUCCGGAUACUCCCGGAUUGACAACUCCCAGACCGUGCAGUGUGCUGCACUCGCUUGCACUGUUGAUGCGGACAAGGGAACCUGCUGCCGAGAAACGUGCGGCAGGCGGGGCGAUACCUUCUGCAACGCCUUCAAGAGCGGUGCUGCGCAGUACUUCAAACGGAUCGGAAACGCGAUUGCCGCAACGAAGUGUUCGAGUGUGGCGUGCGCUGGCAACGCGGAUCGUAAUACCUGCUGCGAAAUCGGGUGUACCCAGGCGAAGACCGUGGUACCGCACGGGUAUUUAAUAGCAGAUUGGUCGCAUCUACUCCGAAAUGCAUACCCCCGCGACAGCUCACCGGACGAGGUGCCACUCAGCGGUGGAGUGUGCGACACAAGCAAAUUGAUGUGCGACCCAGUUUCCCACCGAGUUUCUCCCCUGGACGGAGAUACGAACCAGUGCCCCACCUGGCAGUGCGCGGGUUCCAACAAGGGACUGACGUUUUACGGCUGCCGUGAGUUGUGUCACGAGUCGGAUACGAUGAAGUGCGCGCACACGCACAAGCGCACACCGCGACCUCCUGCGGAGACGAAUUUGUGUGUGUCGAACCGGUGCAAAAACACACACGAAGCGGACCAUGACGACGUCGACACCUGCUGCUAUCCCAAGUGCAGCGACCGCUUCUUCGGUGCGCCGAACAAUCGCGAGUGUCCCCCGCCCGAGAAGGGGUUUAUCGCUAAUGGGAACCGCGACAACAACGACUGCGAGGACCUCGCUUGUGAUUCCGUACAAGAAACGGUAAGCUGCUGCACGCGGCGGAGGGUGUGCCCGCACAUCGUGGGAGUAACGCCGCUAUCUGAUGUGAGUGCAGUCGGUCUUGAAAACAAUGAAUGAAAACAGCCGGUCUACCUUGCACCACACACCUGUUGUACAUGUGACGACCACGCAGAUGAUGAGUCUGGCUCUUGUUGAAAUUGCGCGUCGUUGAAAUGAGCAUUGUCACUUACAGCAGGUUCAGGCUUGCAAGUCUCGAUCCUCUUUUUGAAAAUUGCUACUGCGGCUGCUCCCAUUUGCAUUUGUGCGCUCGUAAUACUAACCUCGUCUGAUAUAAAUCAUAAGUACCCACCUUGCAUUCAUUUCCAGAUCGGUAUUUUCGUGGCAUAUCCAGACGAGCUGGGAAUUUUCGUGAGCGGUGGCAGCCUGUCCUUGUAUUUUGGGGGAGAUGCAACCGAUUCGGCGGUCGUGGCGGACACGUCGGAACUGGACUGCAAAGACGAGCGAGUGUGGAGAGACGGCACUUACCAGAUGUCUGGUAUUUUCUCCACCGAACAACGGCUGCGGCUCUGUGCGACCAACGACAAAUGCGAUCUCGGUGACUUCAAUACACACCCGGAUGUGGUGGACUGUUGUCUCAGCUACGUCAAGGAACCCGGCUGGUUCUGCGAUUCUUUCCACACGCCGCGUUUCUACGCUACCGAGGAGGAGGCGAAGGGGGCCUGUGACAUGGGUUUCUGGGAUGAGGAGAACGGCGAAGUAGCCACCACGUUGUGCUACGGCUACCAGUACGACGAGAACUUUUUCAACUUUGACGUGAAAGAUACCUACCAAGGCACCAAGGGUCUGGUGACGGACACCAGCAAGUACGGCCUCUACAGCUUGCUUUUACCCCCGAUUGAGAAAGCGGGCGACGAGGAGACCGUCACUAGCGCGGGCACCGAGUACCUAAAUUACCGAAUGAAAGCCGGUAACGAGGACUCCGCGAUGCGGGAGUCUUACCGACGCCACUCUUCCAUAGGGAUGAAGCCCAACUGUGUCAGGGUCCAGGAUGGCCUCGCCGAUUAGGAACGGGAAAUAUCAUCAAGCUCCAGCCCCAAAUUCGUGUUCACGUAAAACUAAGAUGCCGUCGUGGGUGGUGAUUUGCAUGUGAUUAUCGUGAAAGAAGGAGCGCUUCAUUCCACCUCGCACUUUCUUCGCCAUGUUCAUUCUUGUUGUUAGGCCCUGACCGGAGCGGUCCUGCGCAUGUUGCACUCCUUCGAUUGGCACGAUUCAACACUUCUGAAGCGCGUUUUACGUGACCAAUUUGAGAGGUGCAUAAGGACACGAGGUACAAUGCUACUCUGAUCGACGCGACGAAGGCCACUGUCUGGCUGAAGAGCAGCCGCUUGCCCGAAAGUAAGGACUUAAAACCGCGUCUGGACGACGUGAAUCCGGACAUGCUCAACGAGGCUAGGCUGGUAGCUCUAUUUCCGCUCGCGGUGGCACAGAAGGAAAUCCCUGGGCUGUCAGCGGUCACCAUCCGGGUGGCCAUGAACACGGAAGAUCUGGAGGAACUGGAGGAGGAGCAGAAGGCUGCCGCUGCGGGUCAUGCCGCCAUGUCGUCGUUCGCGUCGUCUGCGACUUCGUUUCGCCAAACAGCAGAUGAAAAGAACACUGGGGAGCAGUUGGACGGCCAUGACAGUGCGCAGCGCGGGUCACAGAUGCCAGGCGUAGAGGACGAAAAGCGCCAUCGUGCCCGCCCCCGUAGAAGUACUUCCACCUCCUUUUCCGCUUCCAGGACUGAAGAGGAAGAGGAUGAAGAUACAACGUUUGCAGAGAAGCUGCAGAAGGCUGUCGAGAUCUCCCUGAAUGUGUACCUGGAAGUUGGAAACUUCACAACGCCGGUGGACACGAGUCACGAAGCCACAGAUGCGGACCUGGGGGAGGUCAACGCGACAGAAGAUGAUAGCGGGGGCGCGCGGCUGCUGUCGCUGAUACGGAAAGAGGAAACUACUAUGAAGGACGCCGGUGGUGAGGUCACAAAAAAAGCUGCCGCGGCUUUGCACCUCCAGACGGAAGACGCAGCGGAAGGCGCCGCUGCGCUGAGCAGCUCGCGGGCGCAGGACGGAGCGUCUCUCCUCCAGGAACGCCAACUUCACGAGGAACAUGGGCAUGACGCACGCAGAACAAAGAAGUCGUCCGACCAAAUCAGCGUGCUUGCGGGGAAAAUCGAGCCGGCCGACGAGGGUCCCAAUCCUUUCAACUUUUCGCUGUACUUCGUGGGGACGCAGCCGACAGAAGGCAGUGAGACGCUGAAGAAAUUUCACAACAGUACGAAGCUGGACGAAGCGGUGCGUAAAACGCUGCAGAAGCAUAUUCUGAAGGAGCAAAAGAACCUCACGAACAACACUACCACAAUGGACCUGCAGGGCAUUCAGAUUCAGCUCGUGAAGGAGGUCACGUUCCGGGGCAUCGCUGGGGGAGAGGACGGCCACGCAGCGGCAGCGAGCGCGUCAUUCUCCUUAGCCGAUGUGGGGGACGAGGCAAACCUGGAAAAUCUCGAAGCCUUGGGUUCGGUCAUGGAUCGGGAGCUGGAUAAGGAAUUGGACCAGGAGAUGGACGCGUUUGUGGAAGCUAGCAAAAACAGUUCAGACCUGUCGUCCCCGUAUCUUCAAGUUUUUCACGCGCGGAGGCUCGAGAAGAAACUCGUCAAGCGGCUGGAGAUCCGGCAGGCGGAGAUUCGGCAGAAGCGGCACGCGUGGCGCCGCACGAUGUUGGUGGAGAGCAUGCGCAAGAAGAAAAUGGCAAAGUACAAACAGAAACGGCAGCAAAGCGGCCGCCCGCCGCGGGAAAGCGAGGCUGGCGGCGAGAAGAAAGGUCAUCAGAACCGUGACAGCAAGAGACGAAGUAGGGAGAGAGGUCCUGUGAGCAGUAACAAUUCAGGUAGUUCAGCAUUGAUGCGACAGCAGGAAAACGAACAUGGCGACGAGCAAUCAAGCCCUGAGUCGGCGUUUUCCUUUCAGGCGCUGUUUGAAAAACGAAGCCGCAAGAAAGAGGGGCAGAGUGCUGGAUUGGAGCCGCCGUAUUUCUUGUGGUGCGAUCUGAAGCCCUCUGCGCUCGACGAAAUCGAUGCGUGGUGGAACCCCAUUUUGCUUUUCGAGUUUCCGAACGGGAAGGGGUUUAUCGUGCUCAUCGUGUCAUUCGGGUUACUGUUUUUGGUCACGUGCCGACACUACCUGCUGUGCAGCCGGCGACCGCGGCCAAAGGACCCAGCGCUGCAAAUGCUGGAAGAUGGAGAGUUUGACGUUGACCCAAUCCUCUUGGCUGCGAGCGCCAAGCACGGACGAAAAAAGAUGAAGCCGCCGAAAGCGGCAUCCAAAAUCGGGGGAAUCAAACUUGGCCUCGCUUAUCCACUGGAAAAACUUCUCGUUUUUGCCCCCGAGAGAAAAGUUUUUUAGAUUUAUUUUCACGUUCGGGUGAAUUUUUUGCAAGCGCGUUGUAUCUCGACGACGAGAUACUUGCUCUUGCCAUACUAGAGGGAACGUCGGAUAAUUUCGUUUAUGUGUAGUGAGAGAGGUUUUUCCUACGGAUAGGCCCGGCGGCGAAUUCUACCAGGGACAGCGCGGUCUUAGCAGCGGUUCGCCCAUCUCCGGCAAACCGUCAACGUCAUUCGCAGGCGGGGCAGCGGCGAGCAGUGGUUUCGCGAAAAGUGGCGCCUUCGGUGCGGGCAGUGGUGCCUUCGGUGCGGGGAGUGGUGCCUUCGGUGGAGGUUCAGCAGCGGCAGGCUCGGCCGCUUUCGGGAAGCCUGCGGCGACGGGUUCUGCCGCAUUCGGAGCACCGAAAAGCGGCGGGGCGUCCAGUGCCUUCGGAGCCAGCGCAGCUUUUGGGAAAAAGUAA